CGUCCAGUGACGUCACAACCCUCGUGGCCCGCCCGUCAAGUCAGAGCCAUGCCGCCGUCCCCGGGGUCGGUUUUGCGGGCGCUGCUCACCCGCUGGAGAUCCUACAAAUAUCGUUUUGUCCCCUGGGUGGCGCUGAACCUGGCUCGUAACCGCAGAACGUUGCGCUAUGUGUCCCCUGGCUGCAGUGAUAAAGUCACUGCUGAUGCUGAAGUCUGUUCCACGCUCAUCACAUUCCUCCGGGCGCUGUUCACAUCUGAUAUAACCAGACAACGGGACCUACUGUCUCUGCUGCCUCCAAGCACCUGCGCCAUGUACCCUGCACCCGAUGGCAGCCAUCACCAGCAGUGCCCACACGCCACCCACCAUGCGGAUGAAGUCAUGUACAAGUGUCUUGGAUUCUCUAUCGAUCGGCACCCAAGCUCUUUGGAUGAAGCAGGGACCGGAGUCUUUGUCUCCAAAGGGUUUGUGCCAAAAGGAGCCUUAGUGUCAAUGUAUCCUGGUACUGUAUACCAGAAUUAUGAACCUGUCUUUUUUCAAUCAAUUGGAAAUCCAUUUAUUUUUCGGUGUCUGGAUGGAAUUCUCAUUGAUGGGAACGACAAGGGGAUCUCCAAAUCUGUCUACAGGUCCUGCAGUGGAAGAGAUCAGCUAGGACCCCUGAAGAUGUGUGACUGCACCUGGCUGACCAGCACCCCCCGUAAUCCGCUGUCUGUGGGGCAGUACAUUAAUAACUGCUCCAAUGGUAAUGUACACGUGUCCCGCACUAAUUGUAUACAGAACAUUUGUAAGAAGCAGUGUAACAAAUACAUGAGCGGUUACUUCAUACACAUCACGCGUCUUCUUCCCGCAGAACGCGCCGCCAACGUCUGUUAUCAAGAGUUCGAUGUCCCUGAGUCCUUCCCGGUGGAACUGAGACAGUACAUCCCCAAUGUCCGCUACUCCCAUGAUGUGGAGGGGCCAUUGCGCUGUGUGGUUCUUGUCGCUCUCAGGGACAUUCACUGCGGUGAGGAGCUCUUCUCUAACUAUUUCACUCUCGUACAGUAACAGACCAGGUCACCGCUCAGACACCUCACGGGAAGAUCAGAUCUAUUGUAAAAACUGUACAUUGCAAUCCUGGACCCCAAAACCACGGAUGAUCGUCUGCCUGAGACUGAAGAAGACAAUUUUGUACAUGCUAAGGAUAAAAUAUUAUGUAUAAUAAAUUCAUUUAUAUAUUUUGUGAGAA